AUGCGGCGUCUUCCUUCUCCUUCCAAGGCCACAUGCUUGAGCGAAGCGAAGUUGCUGAAGAAGUUGCAGCAUCGAGUUGCUGCGAGAUCAAGAGACUUGACACCCCUCGCGGGAUCGGCAUGCACGAAGACGGGAACUCUCAGUGAGUGCUCUUUCAGCACUAGGAAUUCCCUUUCUGCCAAGUCAUCGCGAUUUCCAGCCUCAAGAUGUUCUGGUCCUCCAACUGGCGUCAGCGCGGCUUUUCUGGUGUCGUGCCUCGUUGACAUCUGCCCCACAGGGGAUUCUGCACAAACGACACGGGCAACAGCUGCAGCCCUGAGACUUAAGCGUGAGGAGGAGCGCGAAUCAGUGCAUAGCGCUGUGGAGUUGGCAGAGAGGCAGGAGGUACAUCCGCUCACAGGUGGAGACAUGGCAGGGCCGUGCUCUACACACGUCGUGCAUGCAUGGGAUGCGAGCUUUCCAGAGCUCGUAGACUGCUUGGUGCGUGACGCAGGGUCCGAUCUGGACAGGCGAUACAGCGUUGACAUCUUCGGAGCUGAGCACUUGUCAGGAAACACUGAAGAUGUUCCAGAAAGUGCCCCAGCACGGAACCAUCAGGCGUCUCAGAUGUCGCAAGGGGGAAGGGUGGACGAUCCAGUUGCAACUGUGCAGGCUCUUGUGCAGGGCGCCAAAGAAGUGCUACUGGUAUUGGACAAAGAGCUAACUUGUUUCUCCAGGCUUUGGGUUUUGACUGAAGCCAUGAUGGCCACAGCUGCCAACAAGCUUCGAAUCUGCACGGCUGACCCACGGGGCUACGGGAGCUCCAUGGAGGAUAUUUUGAGGUGGGAGUCGCGUAUUGAUGCCAUCGAUUGGUCAUUGGCUGAGGCCAGCCGCAAGAGUGAUGAACGGCGUAUUCGAAGCUUCAGCGAACGCGUGUGGGAUCUGCACGGCAUCGGAAACGAGAGGCUGUUGGCACAACUCAAAGUGCUCCUGAGGAAGGAGGUAAACGGCCAAUUGCUCAUCAAGGCUGUCGAGGCGGGUGACUCCAAGGCCAUUCAUGCCGCGCUGGACAGAGGAGCUUCGCUGGAGCAACGUGACGCAGACGGCAAUACAUUGGAAGACCUGGCCUGCUUCUACAAUCACCAGGACAUUGAGGAGAUGCUUUUCGAAAGGACAGACUCACAGGCCAGAAAUAACGCAGACAUGCUGGACGAGCUUUCUUGUGAGAGCCCGACGUGCAGCUUCGUGUCGCAUAGGCUGAAGGUGGGCAUUGCCUUCAACAGUUGGCCGACGAUUUGGUGGCUGCCUUUGGAGAAGCUGGCACAUCGCGAUGCUGUGAAAGCAUGGGCUGGGAGGCAGAGGGGUCGUUGCAAUACACGACACCGCGACAAGCGAAUCGAAGAUGCCGCAGCUCUUUGUGAUCGAUUGGCCCGACGUUUGAAAACUGAGUCUUCCAGCUUCCGGGCCCAAGAUGUGAUUCAGCUGGCUUCAUCUUUGCAGAAGCUGAGACAGCGGAACACCUUGCUUUUGGAGACUAUGGCCUCCCAUAUCCUCCGUGGCAUGGUCAGUUUUCCACUUUUCGGCCUGUGUAACAUCCUGAACUGUUUCGCUCGGCUGGGUUACCGGAACCAUCAGCUCAUGGACGCAGUGGCGACCCAUACAGCUGAAAAAGCCAACCAGCUAUCACCUAUUGACAUUGCAUCGCUAGUUUUUGCCUUUGCAGAAUUAGCACACCAACCACGAAACCAUCUCCUCGAGGCUUGCGCCACGCGGCUGCAGGACUGUUAUCUCGAGGUCAGUGGACCCAACUCCGCAAUCAUCCUCAACUCUUACGCUCGACUUGAGGAAUGCAACCCUGAUUUGUUCAAGGCUUUGUCCAGGUCCGUGGUGCAAACAGAGCCGAGAAGUUUCCAAGUGCAUCACCUUAGCCUGGUCAUGAAUGCUUUCGCCAAGUGCCUGGUGCGCAAGAGCCAAACGAUGCACGUGCUCGGCGACAUUCUGGCAUCAAGGACCGACGAGCUCAGCCCGCAGAAUGUGAGUAACAUUGUUCAUGCAUUCUCCAGGUUGUCCUGCUACAAUGUACGGUUAUUUCAGAAUUUGGUCACCCGAGUGUCUUCUGAAGACUUGAAAGCCUACAAGUUGUACGAACUUGGGGUGCUUUGCCACAACUUGGCCAAGCUGCGCUCUGGCGGUCCGACGGUGUACGGUGCCAUGUUCGGGGAGUUGGCAAGGCGACCCGCAGAGGACUGGGAGCCCAAGGCAGUGGCACAG